UAAAACAGAAAACAAAAAAACUAUUUUGGUAAAUUACACACAAAAUUUUUAGUGACGUAGGCAAAUAAAUAUUUCGUAUGGGGAAAUUAUACUUAAUAAAUAAUACUUUUACGCAUAUACUUACAUACUUACAUAUAUUCUACAUACAUAUUUGAUAACACAAAAAAGUAAAAUUUAAUACCAACAACUAUUGCUAUUACUUAUCAACUAGUGAAGAUAAUACAAAUACCAUGAAAAAUAUGUUUAGUUGAAAAAAAAUGUAAAUUUCGGCUUGUAAUCAAUGUAAAUUUUUGCGCAAAAGCGAAACUUAUCUAUACCAAUAUUUAAUGGAAAUGUAAAAAAAGCUUAAAUACGUCCAACUAAAUCGUUGUGAAUUUUUUUUAAAGUGUAUACAUAACGAAAAACCGCAAAUAGUAAUUCCGCCGUAGGACUUACGAACUUAAUUUUUGACACUGUAUUAACAACAGAAACGUAACCGGAAAAAAACCCGCCAAAACGUAGCGACACGUAGCGAACAGGCACCGCGCGGAUAGGAGAGUAGCUCGUCGAAAAAAGCAACAAAACUGCAAAAUAAAAUUUGAGGAAAAAACGUAAACAAAUUGGAAACUUAUUCAAAAUUAUUGGUUUGGACUAGCAGCAAUACUAAAACACAACAACAACCACAAUAACAACAACAACAACAGCAACCACAGCUUUGCAACCAAUUCAAGCAACAACAGAAAAUAGAAAUAAAUAAAUAAUAAAGAAAAGCUCGCCAACAAAUCACAACAACUAAAGCAGCAGCAGCAGCAGCUUCUUUUCCGCGAACUCUGUGUAAUUUGUGUGUUUGUGUGUGUAAGUUUGCAUAAAAAUUUCGUUUCGGUUUUUUGAUAAAACAAAAAGCGCAACAUAAAUACUAAAACAAAAGUAACAAUAUUUGAGAAAUUAAACAAAACAUAAAAAGGAAUUAAAAAAUUCGAAGAAUUAAGUGGCUAAAAUAAGCACGCAAAAAAAAACUUAAGAAUUUUGAUAUUGAAAAUUUUUGAAAAAAAUAAACUUUUUACGAAGAAAGUGCGCUGAUAAGUGUAAAGUAAUUUUGGACAAAACGCUUAAAUUUUCGAAAAAGCGAAAACUCAUUUGGAAUUCGGGAUAAAAAACGAACGCUUGCAGUUAAACUGAACAGGUACGAUAAUUAUAAUGAUGUGAUGAAUUCAUCCUUGUACACACUUAAUGGUGAUUAAGCCUUUUCACCGCGUGCGGACGUGCGUGUAUACAUAUAAAAUAUCGGCGACAAAUAAAUCGUAAGCGAUUAGCGUGUGUUUGCGAGCAGCGGCAAUAGCAGCAGCAGCAGCAGCAGCAGCAACUAUUUGAAGCACAAAGGAGGGUAAGAAGAAUACCAUUCAAAACAAAAGCCAACCUUUGCUAUUGCGCAGGCGCAGCACACGUGUCUCGAGUGAAAUUGCGUAGUAAAACGUGUGCGAUUCUGUAGCGUAGCGUAGUGUAGUGUAGCAGAGCGUAGCGGAGACGUGAACGAGCAGGGCGAGAGCGCAUUUUGGUGCAACCAACGCACGCCGGCGCUAGCAAGCCAUUUAAAUGCGAAGAACGCCCAAAAGCAGAAAAUCAACAAAAUUGGAAAAUUCCCUUUGGCAUUAUCAGAAAUUCUUCAGAGAACUCAAACAGCGACGCAUAGAAUUUAUGCAGCAAAAAAUUUAUCGAAAAUUUCGUUUUGGCAUAAUUUAUUCGGAUUGCUUAGUGGCUGCAGAAGCAGAACAACAAAAACAACAACAACAAGAAACCAGAUACGCAGUAACGCAAGCGCAAGCGCAGACGCAGACGCAGUUGCAAAAUUUGAAGCAAAAACAAGGGCAAGUGCAAGUUGGAGUGGCAGUUGCAGCAGUUAACUGCUCGUAUACGCAACGCGCCAAUCAAUUACGCGGCACGAAGCGCAAUCGCGUGAAAAAAGCUACAAAUACGACGACGAUCCGCAAGUUUGCCGCAAGCAGCACAAAAACAACGAACGCCGCAUACCGGAAGCUCCACAGCAGUCAGUCAACGGCGGCAAGCAAGCUAAGGAGGAGAACGUCAGCAACAACGGAUACGCAGACGCAGCCGCAGCCGCAGCCGCUAACGAAACGCAGGUACGGAAAUAGGCGCACAAAGCUUAUGCCGACAUUGGCGUACGCCUUGCGAAUGCCAUUGAAGCCAACGACGAGUGCAGCGCAGCGCAUGUUGGUGAAUGUUUGAAAGAGGAGAAGAAGAAGAGGAAAGUUAAAAAGAAGAAAGCAAAUUUUGGCAAAGAAAAGACACCAGAAGAAAUUGAAAGCGAAAAUUUUAAAUUUUUUGGCAAGGAAGAAUUAAAU